AUGGUGAGAGCCUUGGGAAACGGAGGCGGUCCCGGUCGGCAGCGCUGCUACGCGCGGCUGUUCUGCUUCAAGUCGUCACUAGCGCGCGAGAUCUUCCAAAAGCUCAGCAUCGUCGAGGGGUUCAAGUCGGACGGCCGCUGCGAUCUGGCCAUGCACGCAAAGACACUCUGCGACCUGCUCGACGCGAUUUUGGGCGAUUUGGGACAGCCGGCUAAGGGGGUCGAGACGGCCGCCGGCGCAUUAUGGGAAUCGCUGGGAGAAUGCAUGGCUGAGGUAAUCACCAAGGUCGACUGUGUACGGUCGAAAAGAGAAGCUGGAAAAGCCUGGAUCACCGUCAUUUCCUUUAUGGUGGACACGAUGAAGAGCGGCUACCAGAGCGAAUAUCGUAAGCAUCACGCCUCGAGGAAUUCGAUUUCGCGCCCAUCCUGCGAACGCGUCAAUCAA